AGGCGGGCAGUGUAGCUGCAGCAGCGCGCGCGCGUCUCCUCCUCUAAUUAACAGCUGCGACAAUGGGAUAACGCGCCGCGCGGCUUUCACCGAGUCCGAGGUGUUCCGGAGAAGCGACGGGACUGGAGCGCGUGUCUGCGUGGAGCACGGAGGCGCGAGACCCCCGCUUUAGAGCCGUUUCCCCCUCAGAGCCUUUGUUUUAGUGCGCUGCUCUCAGACGUCCGUACAAAAGAGGGGAUGAUGAUGGAGAAGCGGAUGAUGGCGCAUCACUCUGAAUGAGGAGGACUGGAGAGAGAGAGAGAGAGAGAGAGAGAGAGAAAGAGAGAGGGACCAGCUGAGCAGCAGAGGUCUGGAGGAGUGAUCUCUAAACGGACUGAGGAGUUUGAUUGGUGCGGCUGGAUGUUUGUGGAUGUUUGUGUUUUCUCUCUCUGUCCAUCUCCCCUCAUCUCCAUCCCUGCUGGUGGAGGUGUCCAGAUGCUGUCAUUGUGUCAUUGAGGGGUCUGUGAUUUGGGAGCCUGGUCCUGGUCUGGAAGUGAAUGCAAGGGAUCAUGCAAGCAAGGACAGUCCAAGCUGUGUCUCUCUCGUUAUUUCUCACUGAUGGACAUUUAAUCUGGCUGGACGCUUCAAAACAAGAAGACCAGACCUCACUCCCUGGAAGACCCCUCUGCCUGACUGGAAGACCCCUGAACUCUUGAGGUGUCCCAGGUGUGGUGUGUACGCUCUUAUUUCUUGUUCGGAAUUCUUACUCUUGACUUCUAAAACACUUUCUCAGCCACUUUCAGCACAAGCACAUUUAAUUUAAGCACGUUUUUGCUCCACUGGACUGGAGUUGAACCAAAACCCUACAAAAAGCCAACUCAAAAAAGCCAACUCCACCACUGGUCUUGUUACUUGAAAUCUUCUUGAACUUGAAAUCUUCAAAUCUUUCCUGUUGGAAGUGACACUUUAAUGUCCACAAUGGUGGAGCCUGUAGGUUUCAUCGAGGCCUGGAAAGCACAGUUUCCAGAGUCGGAGCCUCCAAAGAUGGAGCUGCGUUCUGUGGGGGGUAUCGAGCAGGAGCUGGAGAAGUGCAAGGCGUCCAUCCGGAGGCUGGAGAUGGAGGUUAACAAGGAGCGCUUUCGGAUGAUCUACCUCCAGACUCUGCUUGCGAAAGAGAGGAAGAGCUAUGACCGACAGCGCUGGGGCUUCAGGAAGGCGCAGAUGAACGAGGCAGGAGAUCCGCAGGCCGGAGGCGGUAUGGACCCUCAGCACCUUCAACAACACCCACAGGAGCCGGUGCAGGGGCAAGUGCCGGGGGAUCGCAGCAGGUUUCAGCCUGUCGGAGGAGAAGCCAGGGUUAAGCCGAGGCCUCCUCCUGCAAGGAAGUCGGCCUCGCACGGGGAUGGACUGGAGCUGCAGUCAGCUUUCGAGCCCCACCAGCCAGGGCCAGGGAGCGAGACAGAUGGGCUGUCACCGUCCAAACAGAGGGGAGGGGUCUCUCCCCGCAGGCCCCAUCCUCCUCCUGACAAGGAGCUCCCUUCUGACCCAUCUCUGAAAGACAAGUCAGGCAUGGGGCUUGGAGUGGCAGCACUGCGCUCCAACUUUGAGCGUAUCAAGCGAGCCAACUCACACUCAGCGGGGGAUGGCAAGGCAUGCCAGGAGAAGCAGCCCUUCUACACCAACGUGGAGUUUCAUCACGAGAGGGGCCUGGUGCGAGUGAAUGAUCGUGAGGUCUCAGAGAAGAUCAGCUCCUUGGGUACCCAAGCCAUGCAGAUGGAGCGCAAGAGGUCCCUCCACUCACUGCCAGGCAAUCUGGCCACAGUGGCAGGUGAGCUGAGAGCUAGGCCUGUCUACAGGGGUCGCUCCAGUGAGAGCACCUGCGGGUACGAUGCGGAAUGUGAAGAUGGGGAACCCAACCCACGGUCUAGCAGAGAUGGCGCAUCCAGGUCUAACGGGAACAAGCCUCCACCUCCUCCAUGGCAGCCAACAGACUACCAACCUUACAGCACCGUUUAUGUUGGAGGUGUUCCUGUUGAUGCAGGAGAUGGCAGGGUGGCGAUGCGAGAGCAUGGAGGAGGCAACGAUGACCUUCACCUCACCUGGCCCCGGAGGUCUUACUCGCCUGGCAGUUUGGAAGACAUUGGGGGCGGAGGCGGGGGCGGCUACACGCCUGACUGCAGCUCCAACGAGAACCUGACGUCAAGCGAAGAGGACUUCUCGUCAGGUCAGUCGUCCAGCCAUGUGUCGCCCAGCCCCACCGCGGCCUUCCGCCGGCCCUUCCGGGAGAAGAGCCGGUCGCCAUCGCAGAACUCUCAGCACUCGCUGGACAGCAGCAGCCCCCCGACGCCGCAGUCCCAAAAGAGACACCGGCAGCACGUGGUCGUCUCCGAGGCCACCAUCGUGGGCGUCCGCAAGACCGGGCAGAUCUGGCCCCAUGGAGAUGGAGACUCCGCACCCUCCGGCCUCAGGGCCUCCCAUGACAACAGUUACCAUGGAGACCUUGAUGGUCCGUUCACAGGCACGCCUCCUACGUACGGUUAUGAUGCCGAUCGAGCGGAGGAGCAAAGGCGGCACCAUGACAUCCUGCCCUACAUCGACGACUCGCCGUCUUCCUCGCCCUACCUCAGCUCCAAGAGCCGCAGCAGCAGAGACACCCUCUCCUCCGGCUCCCUCGAGUCCGCCAAGUCUGCGGAGUUGGACCUGGAGAAAGGGCUGGAGAUGCGGAAGUGGGUUUUAUCUGGAAUCCUGGCCAGUGAGGAGACGUACCUCAGCCACCUGGAGGCGCUGUUGCUGCCCAUGAAGCCCCUGAAAGCUGCCGCCACCACGUCUCAGCCGGUUUUGACCGUCCAGCAGAUCGAGACCAUCUUCUUUAAAGUGCCUGAGCUCUACGAAGUUCAUAAAGAAUUCUACGAUGGACUUCUUCCCAGAGUGCAGCAGUGGAGCCACCACCAGCGCGUGGGAGAUCUCUUCCAGAAGCUGGCCAGCCAGCUGGGAGUGUACCGGGCCUUCGUGGACAACUAUGAACUGGCAGUGGAGACGGCAGAGAAGUGCUGCCAGGCCAACACCCAGUUCUCUGAGAUCUCUGAGAACCUCAAGGUCCGAAGUACAAAGGACUGCAAAGACCAGACAGCCAAGUACUCACUGGAAACUCUCCUCUAUAAGCCUGUGGACAGAGUGACCAGAAGCACACUCGUUUUACAUGACUUACUGAAGCACACCCCCUCCAGUCACCCAGACCACCCCCUCCUGCAGGAUGCUCUGCGUAUCUCUCAGAACUUCCUGUCCAGCAUUAACGAGGAGAGCACACCACGCCGGCAGUCCAUGACUGUGAAGAAGGGGGAGAACCGGCAGCUGCUGAAGGACAGCUUCAUGGUGGAGCUGGUGGAGGGAGCGAGGAAGCUACGCCACGUCUUCCUCUUCACCGACCUGCUGCUCUGUGCCAAGCUGAAGAAGCAGAUUGGAGGGAAGAGUCAGCAGUAUGACAGUAAGUGGUACAUCCCUCUGUCAGAUCUGACCUUCCAGGCGGCCGAGGAGACCGAGCCCCUUCCCAUCCCGCAGGUGCCGGACGAGGAGCUGGACGCCAUUAAGAUCAAGAUCUCCUCCUUAAGGAACGAGGUCCAGAGAGAGAAGAGAGCCAACAAAGGGUCAAAGGUCAUUGAUAGAUUACGGAAGAAGCUUUCAGAACAGGAGUCUCUGCUGCUGCUCACGUCCCCCAACAUGGCUCUCCGAGUUCACAACAGGAACGGCAAGAGCUACAUGUUCUUGAUCUCCUCCGACUACGAGCGUGCCGAGUGGAAGGACAUGAUUCGGGAACAGCAGAAGAAAUGCUUUAAGACCUUCUCUCUGACCUCCAUGGAGCUGCAGAUGCUGACCAACUCCUGCGUUAAACUCCAGACCGUCCACCACAUCCCCCUCACCAUCAACAAAGAAGAGGAUGAAUCUCCUGGAUUGCACGGCUUCCUGAAUGUAAUCAUCCAUUCUGCCUCCGGACUCAAGCAGAGCUUAAAUCUGUACUGCACGCUGGAGGUGGACUCGUUCGGGUUCUUCGUGAAUAAAGCUAAGACGCGGGUGUACCGUUACACCACUGAGCCCAAGUGGAAUGAGGAGUUCGAGAUCGAGCUGGAGGGAUCUCAGAUGUUGAGGCUGCUUUGUUACGAGAAAAGCUACAAUAAAAGCAAGACGAACAAAGAGGACGCCGACAGCACAGACCGCAUUAUUGGCAAGGGACAGAUUCCGCUGGACCCUCAGAUGCUUCAGGGAAAAGACUGGCAGAGGACGGUCAUUCCCAUGAAUGGGAUUGAAGUGAAGCUCUCGAUGAAGUUCACCAGCAGGGAGUUCAGCCUGAAGAGGAUGCCCUCGUGUAAACAGGCGGGUGUGUUCGGAGUGAAGAUCUCCACAGUGACCAAGCGGGAGCGCUCCAAGGUGCCCUACAUCGUCAGGCAGUGUCUGGAGGAGAUCGAGAGGAGAGGGAUGGAGGAGGUCGGGAUUUACCGCGUCUCAGGAGUCGCCACAGACAUCCAAGCUCUCAAAACUGCCUUCGAUACCAAUAAUAAGGAUGUGUCGGUGAUGAUGAGUGAGAUGGAUGUGAAUGCUAUCGCUGGGACGCUGAAGCUCUACUUCCGGGAGCUUCCAGAGCCUCUUUUUACAGAUGAGCUUUAUCCCAAUUUCGCUGGAGGCAUCGCUCUUUCGGACAGUGUGGCUAAAGAGAGCUGCAUGCUGAACCUGCUGCUGUCUCUACCAGAACCCAACCUCGUCACUUUCCUCUUCUUACUGGAUCACCUGAAGAGGGUGGCGGAGAAGGAGUGUGUGAAUAAGAUGUCUCUUCAUAAUCUGGCGACUGUGUUCGGACCCACUCUGCUGCGUCCGGCUGAGAAAGACAGUAAAAUCCCCACCAACCCCACGCAGCCAAUCACCAUGGGGGACAGCUGGUCACUGGAGGUCAUGUCACAGGUUCAGGUGCUGCUGUACUUCCUUCAGCUGGAGACGAUUCCCACCCCCGACAGCAAGAGGCAGAGCAUCCUCUUUUCCACGGAGGUGUAGAGGGGGUGGGGGGGGGUCCGGUCGGCGCUCCAAAACCACCGAUAUCUCUUCACCCACCGCACCCUGGACUGAGGGAGGCACGAGGGAGACCCCUGCUGGACAGUAGCAGGAAUGACUGGUCUCUCUCCCGUGUUACACUUACCGGCCACUAGAGGGCGCUACUGCCACCGAACUGAAGACAAACGGACGACAAACGCUAACCCCCUCUCUCUCUCUCUCUCUAGUGUUUCCUGACGCAGCUUAGUGUUUCCUGAACGUUAGUCGUCCUCUGCUCCGCCCCCUCCGCUCUUCUGGCGGGAACUGCGUAGACUGUGGGCGUAAUUGUGGGCCAGUGCUGUAUCCCCGUAUCCCUGAUCCGCACACUGAAGCCUUCACUCGGCUCUGAUUCGCCAGCCGUCCGUCUCCGCCCCUCUUUCAUGGAUCAUUUCUUUCAUUUUCUCUAUUUUUGUUUCUGAUUUUACUUUAUUUUUUUAUUCCAGUGCUGUGUCUCCGCCUCCUGCCCCGCCCCUCCCCUCCAUGCCCCGCCUAGCCGCUGCUAAGUGCUUCAUACAGCACUGUACCGUGUCUCUGCUGCUGCUGCUGCUCCUAAACUCCAGGCAUCGCAGCUCCGUGUUGAUUUCCAGUGUUGCUCGUCGCUACUAGAAGAUUCGGGAGGAGUCUUGCUUAAACUCGGCUUAAUCUUAUCUUUGGUCUUUCUUUACCGUUCAGAUCUAAUUUUAUAAUUAGGAUGUAUGUAGGAAGUUUCUAAGCGCAUUCUUUAUUCUUCACUUUGUCGUCAGUGCUGAAGUGGUGGAGGUUUAUUCGUCGUGUUGGCCUCGUCAAAGCAAUACUGAACCAGCUGAUACUGCAGGCCUGGAAGGCUGGAAGACGAGAUGUGAUUGGAUGUGAUAGGAUGUGAUGGGAUUUGAUGGGAUGUGAUAGGAUAAGAGCGAAAGAAGUCUUUGCACAGUUUUCAGUAGGGUUCAGAGUUCAGGAGAGGUGUGUGCACUGCUUAAUGGGGAACGCUUACGUCUUAAAAGAACAUUAAAGCAGAGAAUUUGGUGAAAUUUACACAAUUUUUCACUAUGUAUAUACACAGAUCUAAAUAAAAAAGCAUUUUAUUUGCAUUUAUUUGCAGAAAAAGAGAAAUGUCUGAAAAUGCACGUUCUUCUCCACCAGUCUUACACACUGCUUUUGGAUAACUUGAUGCUGCUUUACUCCUGGUGCAAAAAUUCAAGCAGUUCAGUUUGGUGGUUUGAUGGUUUGUGAUCAUCCAUCUUCCUCUUGAUUAUAUUCCAGAGGUUUUACAUUUGCUAAAAUCCAGGAAACUCAUCAUUUUUAAGUGCUCUCUUAUUUUUUUUUUCCAGGAUUUUUUAUUGUCUGAUGUUGCCUUUUUUAGUUUACAGCGAGAGCUAUUAGGCUAAUAUCACUAGCAAACCAUACACAUAAAUAAUAACAUACAUUAAUAUUCCCAUAAAUACUUUUUUUUCCCCACAUUAGCUACUCCUUACCUGCAGUGACUGCAUCCAGACUCAUCAGUGUAUAAAACAGACUGAAUAUAAAAGUGAAGAGAAUAGGGGUUUAUUGUAAUGUGGGAGGAGCUUGCAGAAAUGACAAAACACAGUAACUACUGUGUGUUGUGACAAAUAUGAUGAAAGACAGCACAAGGCAAACCUGUAUAUCUUUGUUGUUUUUUUUCACUGACAUGGAUUAAAGGCAGAGGGAGACCUCUGCUGGACAGGUACAGAAAUAAAUUGAUUCUACAUCCAGGUAUAGGGCUAUAAAAAUGCUGACUGUUGUGCUGAUAAUGACUCCCUAAAGAGUAUUGGUCCCUUUUACAAAUUAACGAUACAGAACAUUACUUUUUUUAUUUCUGUUGUUUAUAUUUAGCUUAACAGUAAUCAUUUUGCCCCCCACCCCCCCUUGAACUAGGACAGUUGCAGGACUGGUUACCAGUCACUAGAGGGCGCAAGACACUCACGUCUCUCAACCUGUUGUAACUGCUUCCAGGUCAGUGUAGGACAGAGUAUGGGUAAAAAAAAAAAAAAAUCUGAGUGUUAUCUGAGGCUAAAAAUGAUGCCCUGCAGAAUAUGACUCCCCCUUGCAAAUUAACAAUACAAAACAUUGCAUUUUUCUUUUUCUUUUAUUUAUAUUUAUUGAUAUGUUUUUCAUGCAUAUGAACAAAUGAAAUUGGAAUUUUGAGGGGAGUCAGAAUUUGGCAUAACACUGAAAUUUGUUAAGAGGAGUCAUAUUUAAGCAUAACACUUUCUAACUCUGAAAGUUGUAAAGGGGUGUCAGAUUCUGCAGGGAGACACAAUUUGAUGUAACACUGUCUGAUCCUGAAUUUUUUUAAAGAGGAGUCCGAAUCUGAGGGGAGUUAGAAUUCAGCAUAACACUUUCUGACCCUGAAGUUUGUAAAGGGGAGUCAGAUUCUGACAGGAGACAGAAUUUGGCAUAACACUGAAAUUUGUAAAGGGGAGUCAGAAUCUGAAAAGAGACAGAUUUCGACAUAACACCGCUGACCCUGAAGUUUGUAAAGGGGAGUCAGAUUCUGAUGGGAGUCCAAAUUCGGCAUAACACUGAAAUUUGUAAAGGGGAGAGAGAAUCUGAAAGGAGACAGAAUUUUACAUAACACAAUGUGUAGAGUUUGAAGUCGAUGAAAGAAUUUUUUUUACAUUUCUGUAAUUUAAUUCACUACUGGCUUCUGAUGUUUUUUAGGAUUAGCCUGUUAGCCCUUUAGCUCCAGCUGUAAAGUUUAGAAGCUAAUUUCAGACACAAAACUGGUGAGAAACUGUGUAAAUUUGACUUUUUUCACUAAAGCAUUCCCUUUAAAAAAUCUUAAAGCGUUUAUAUGCACUGUUCUGAGUUAGGAAAAUCAGAAUACUGAAAUAUUUCACUGUGGUGAACAGCUGUCAGGAUCGGGUCGUCCCUCACGCCUCUUGUGAGCAAUAGUUAUAGACGCAAAACCUUCUUUUUUUAUGUUUAGUACAGUUUCAUUAAUUUCUGCCAACAUGUUGUUUUUUUGUAUUUAGGAAGACGAGUCGUGCAUUAAUAAGUUUGUACAUAAUUGAUAAAAAUAGUCUAUUUCUUUUUGAAUGAUUAAAUGAUUUAUGAUUUGGUUUUAUGGUUUUUUUCUGGGGGGAAGAAAGUGUAUUAUGGUUAUUUAUUUUAGGACAGGCGUUAAUAAGGCUGUCUUGUGCUUUUCAUUUGGAGAUAAUUGAGAUAUUUGAUCUUCUAGGCUUCAUCCCUCGUAAUGAAGUAUCCAGUAACCUGAGACUUAACAUUUCAACCGGAGCGACCUUUCACCCACUUCACCUACUGUCAGUGUUCAGUUUGAUGCUAACUAUGAUAAUGUUAAUUAUCAUCUCCUAUUAAAGCACUUGAGUUAAGGGCUGGUGUCCGGCACAGUUCACCACAGUUCACCAUGAUUUCCCUGCUCAAACAUUGCAGUUAUCACUGGGGAUUUAAAGGGGAAGUCCAACCAUGUACAUUAUAACAUUUCAACAAGGCAGUUCAAGCGAUUUGAUAUGAAACUUUUUGUGAAAACAUGCUUUACAAUGAGAUAUUUAAAUACUGCUGUCCCCUGACUUUUGGCGUGUCGGCGUAUAUUAAAUUUAUUUCAUAUUAGGUAAGAUUUUCCUGUGGUUUAGCUUUUAGUGGCAUUAAGACACCUGCAUCCAUUCAUCUUCACUGUGGACAAUUACAAUCUUUUUUAUUAAUUAUUACAUUUGAAUCAUUACGUUUUUCAGAGUGGUUUUGGUGUAAAUCUCUCAAUUUCUCAAUUUCUUUAAAGAAACUUACCAGAUAAAAAUCUUAGUUUAUAUGUAUUACUAUGUGCAAUUUGUUAAAAUUGCAGUAGAAUUAAAUUAUAAGGAUAAAAAUCAAGAGAAGCCAAGUGAUUGUUUGAUUGAUUUUGUGUGAAAUAUUUCGUUUUUAGAGAAAAUUACCAAAUCAGAAUUAAAUCAGAAAGUGAUUGAAACAUUGAGACAUCUAAAAAUAAACUCAUACAGCGACACGCCAGAAGUCAUGAGAUAGCACACACCUGCAUAAGCUAUUAGCUAACAUUACUGGGGAGAGAACUAAGGUUAGCAUUGGGCUAGCUAACAUCAGCAGGGAGCUAGCUAACAUUAACGGGAGAGAACUAAGGUUAGCGGAGUUAACAUUAGCGGAGAGCUAGCUUACAUAAUAACGUUAGCGGUGAGUUAGCUAUGUUACUGGAGAAAACUAAGGUUAGCGGAGAGCUAGCUAACAUUAGCGGUGAGCUAGCUAACAUGCUAACGAGUUUUAAAAAGAGGGCUUAAGAAAUUCUAAACUUUCAAUGGAAGUCAGUGUAAAAAGAGUUUAUUUCAGGUCAUUGUGAGCAUUUCUAUUGGUCCAUUCAUCAAAAAACUUUAGCACAGUGUAAGGGACAGUUUGUCUGUUUAAAUUAUGUAGUAAACUAAAAAUGGACAAAAAUGGAGAUACUUGCUUUUAUUUUUUUCAUAAGACAGCGUAGAUAUACAAAUUUAAAUAAUAAAAAAAAUAAAAUAUGGGUGGAGUUUACCUUUAACUGAUUCCUUUAAUCAGGUGAAUUAAAACAGUGCUGGACACUCGCCCUUCUGGAGUUUUCCUAUCUCUGCUGUGAUUGGUCAGUCAUCCAACAUCUGUCUUUGGUGCCCAGCUGUUGUCUGCACUUCACAGCCAUGGUGCAGAUGUUAGCCUCUGUGCAGCAAAGCAGCGUGGUCUCUAUAGUGAGGUGUAUAGAUGCUCCAGCUGUGUAUGUGUGUGUUUCAUUUUCAGUUCUUAACAGCAGUGCCUCUCUGACUGUCUGUCUGUCUGUCUGUCUGUCUGUCUCUUUGUCUGUAUGUCUGCGUUAUGAGUCUAAUCCCUAUAUAUUAGGCAUAUUAGGACAGAACCAUACAUUUCUUAUCUGUUUUCUCUUUUUGGGACCAAAAGUGAGGACGGCACUUUUUUGUUUGUUUCUUUUUUGUUUUUCUUUUGUUCGUUUCGCUUUCGUCCGUCCCCUCGCUUUCUCUUCACUAUUCCUUACACAUACAGUCUUAUACAGCAGCUUAUACACACUGCCUGGCCACCAAAAAAAGGUCUUAAGGUUUAAUAAGCUUCUGCAAUGUGAAAAGAUUUACUCCAAGAUUUCAUUUUGCAGCAGCAUUGAUGAUGGUAGAGUCUGACCACUGCACAAAGCAGCUCUUCUCCAUCCAGCACAUCCCAAAGAUUCUCAAUGAGGUUAAGAUCUGGACUCUGAGGUGAACUCUCUCUCAAUCCAUGUGUGAAAAUGAUAAAUGAUGAUCUCAUGCUCCCUGAACUCUGAACUCUUUCACAAUUCCAGCACCAUGAAUCCUGACAUUGAUAUCUUGAAAUAUGAAAAAAAAAAUAUCAAAAUCCAUUGAUUCAGGAAUAAGCUGGUCUAUAUUCAGUAUAUUCAGGUAGUCAGCUGACCUCAUUCUCUCAGCACAUACUGUUGCUGAACCUAAACCUGCAGACCAACUGCAGCAUCAACCAACCAACACAUCAUUUACUUACUUAACUAAAUCCAGGUGGAGACUUUUGAAUUAUUAUUUUUUUUUUGGCCAGGCAGUGUACAGCACAUCUUCUGCUGUGCCAACUAGCGUCCCCUAGCGCCCCCUGUCUGAAGCCUGUAUUCAUAUCGAUGAGUCUCAAUAUCAAGCAGUUUUGAUCACGCAGGUGAAAAUCAACAAUGCUCUUAAUUUUUAGCUCAUUUUUGAUUUUUUGUUUGUUUAAUUAUUUUUAUGUCAGUUUUAGGAAGUUUAAAAAUUAUGCUUUAGUUACUUUAUUUAACAUGCAGGCAUGUUUAUUGAUUGAUUUAUUAAAAUAUGAUUUUUUUGGAUGUUUUGUUUUGAUAUAAGUUUUGUUUAUAUGUUUGAUUUUGUUGAUUUUGUUGAUUUUGUCAAGAAGGACACGUCACAGGUCAUGUCCUGUCUGCAGAUUGACUGAAACACAGCGACGCAGUGACUGAAUUGUAAUGUAAAGUUCCUGGAUACAGUAAAAGAUCACUUACACUGUUUUUGAUUUUUUUAAUUCUCUCAUUUUAUUAAAAUACAAACACUUGACAUAACAUGUUGUCGCUGUCCAAUGAAAAGCCUGUAUCUCCAAAACAGCAGAAUUUUUAGUAAAAGUCAAAAUCAAAAAGAGUGUAUUUAUUUAUUUCAUCAAUAAGUUUUUACAGUGUUUAAAUGGACUAAAAACCAACAAAAAUGGAGAUAAUUGAUUUUUAUUGGACAACGUUUAUGUAGACAUUUUUAAAGUUUCCAAAAAACUCAAUGUUCACUCCUCAUACAGGUCAUAUAUGAAGACUACCCUGCAAAAACAAACCAUUUUAAACUUUAAAACCUUAGAUUAGUUUCUUAGGGGGACGUCCGUGUAAAAUAUUUCACACUUUUACUAAGUGAUAAAACUCCUGCAUCCAGACUGCUAUUAAAAAAAGGAAGACCAGUGAGGUUUUUUUUAGGCAUUUUUCUCGGUCACAUGACAUCAUCACGGCGUUCAGUAGCUCCUCCAUUUCCACUCGCUGUUGUGUUUUACUUGCGUGGAUCUCUGUAGAAACGCCCAAAGUAAGUAAUACAGUGUCUACGGUGCUCGCAAACGGACAAAAAGCAAUUUUAUUAAAGGCGAGGAGACAAAACUCAGAGAUGUGCGUCCGGACGGGACUAAAAUUUGCGGAGGAGCACGGAGUUCAGAGAAAAACAGUAGAUAAUUCAGCCUGUAAUUUUAUGUAUCUCAGAGGACGUACAAGAAGCAUAACAGGCUAAAAAAUCAUUAUGCCACAUGUCGGUUUUUGAAUGGGCGGGGCUUAACAGGAGCUUAUCACACAACAAAAUCACUUUUUGUGGCUUCACAAAAACAGUGACUUUAUAAUGGGCUUGUUUUUUGCAGUGUAGUCUUAAUAGAUAAACUAUAUAAAGAGUGAAAUGUGUCCCUUAUAUUCAUAAAUUUAGUUUUUAAUUAAUUGUUUUUAUGGUAUAGAGCACAAACAUAUCUUUUAAACUGUCACAUUUUGUUAAUUUUUAAUGAGGACAUACUUUUUUUAGGUUCUAUUCACAAAGUUAAUGCAACAUUUGUUCCCACUGUAUUGUAAGUGUCUGUAAUAACUGUGUAAUUACACAUUAAUAAUACGUGCAUUAACAGUGUAAUUUAUAUUUGGUGAUAUGUUCACUUUUACAUAUUCCGUCAACUAGAAUCAACAGUGUGAAACUGCAUAACGCAUGAUUAAUAAUGUAAAAUAAUAAAUAAUGUAAUAAAAUGCUUCUUAUAUUACACUUAUACACACAUAAUAGCAGUUUUACAGCUACCUGACAUUAAUACACAUUUGUUUUUACAUAAGCAAAGUGCUAAUGCACUGCAAAUCUGUAACAGCAAAUACAUCACAGUAGUUACAUUGUAAUUACACAGUUAUUAAUGUGUAAUUAAACAGUUAUUACAGACAUUUAUUACAAAAAUGCUACCGAUCUUCGUAUGGGCUAUUUAUGUUUUAUUUUUCUGUAACCUGGAGGGGUUUGGCGGUGCACAUAGUGGUGUUUUGUAAAAAAAGUUAAAAAAAAGUAGGGAAAUUGUACUGUGCUGAAAUUGUAAAGUGUAUAAAUUAGCAUUAGAAGACGUAAUCAGCACCUUGUCAGGAAGCAAGAUCUGGAAUAUUUCUUUAUUUAUUGUGCUGUUAGUCGUUAAAUACAAAGGAAUAUAUUGUUACUGUCACACAAAACCUUUUGUCUAGAUUUUAUUCAAUGUCAUUUUGAAUAAAUAGCUUUUCUAUUGGUUCGUUCAUUAUAAAAUUUGAAAACAAUGUAAAAAAAAACAGCUGAAGUUGUCAGAAUCUGCAAAAAUUAAAAUAACAGUGUUCCAUCAUGAGUGACAGUGAUGAUAUAGUAAUAGACUUCCACUGAGGGGAAGAAUAAUAAAUAAUUUAUUUAAAUACUUUAAAGGAUUCUUUGCCUUUUUGUUUAUAUUUUGGGGGAAAAGACGAACAAAAUUCUGAAAAAAAAAAACAUAAUUCUAGAUAUCAUCUCUUCAUCUGCUCUUCAUUAUCUAGAACCUACAGUAUGGAUUAAGCUCUAUAAUAAGGUAACGGUCGGUUUAUGGCACAUAUGAACCAUGUUGUAACCAGCAGCACAAUCAAGGCUAAAGGUUUCAAUCAGACGCGUUUCUCCUCUCCUGUAAUGUAGUACAGAUCAUUUUUACCCGGCUGGAAUGGUGAUCAUCUCAGAAAUCAUCUCUGCACAUCCCUCAGCUGUUUUUAGGACAUUUAACAGAGACUUUAUAUUAUGGGUACAACAGUCAGAACUCCUGAACCCGUCAUAGUUUCCAUUAAAAGCUUUAACCCUGAGGGCGUCUCUGGAGAUUUGCCUGGGCGUCAGACCCUACCUGUGCAAACAUCUCCUCCACUCUGAUCUUUCUCGCUGGUGUUCUGGUGUGCUGGUGUUCUGGAGAUAGAGCUGUAAAAAGGGAUACUGCACUCUGAAGACUCAACAGUUUGGAAGGCAUUUGCGGCCUCUGUUUGUACACAAAUAAUGAAUAAAACCUCCUUUAUCUACGUA